AUGGAUUACUUGGAAAGCUUGUAUGGGAUGUUUCAUAAGGUUGCUGCACGAGAAAAAAUUGUUGGGUGGUAUCAUACAGGCCCAAAGCUUUGUCAGAAUGAUAUUGUGAUCAAUGAACAGUUGAAGCGUUUUACACCAAAUCCUUUAUUAGUUGUAAUUCAGGCCGAGCCAAAAGAUCUAGGUCUACCAACAGAAGCAUAUAUCGAAGUUCAAGAAGUACAUGAUGACGGGACUCCUCCAAUCAAAACAUUUGAACAUGUUCCAAGUGAAAUUGGUGCAGAAGAGGCUGAAGAAGUUGGCGUCGAACAUUUAUUAAGGGAUAUCAAAGACCAGACUGCAGGAACCCUAUCACAACGUAUUACUGAUCAGCUAAGUGGUUUAUGUGGUUUGCAUGGGAAGCUUUGCGAGGUUCGACACUAUUUGAAAGAAUUAGUUGAUGGGAAAUUACCGAUCAAUCAUGCUGUUAUCUAUUACAUUCAAGAAGUGUUGAAUCUUUUGCCAAAUAUUACAUCUCCUCAAUUUGUCGAAUCGCACAAUAUGCAAACAAAUGAUCAAUUGAUGUGUGUUUAUAUGGGUUCUUUAAUUCGCACUGUAAUUGCUCUUCAUAAUCUUAUCGAUAAUAAAUUAUCCUUACAAAAGACUGAAAGAGAAAAGGACAUGAAGAAAGAAGAAAAAUCAGAGGAAAAAAAAGAAGUGAAAGAGGAUAAAAAAUCUGCGAAAAGUUAA